AUGGACGCCAGGGAAAGGAAGAAGUCCUAUUCGGACCUCGAAGCCAUCAUCAUCCCCGACGACGUCCCUGCUGUACCUGACCCAAGCUCAACCACUGUCGCACCACCACCAGCCCGAACUUCAUACUGGAACGAGAAGUUCGCCAUCUCAGAUGGAAGCAGUGCGAACAACAACGCAAACCCAUUCUCAGAUGACAAAGCCCUAGGAUUCUCCCCAGUGGACAGCCCUCAAGUAGGCCCGCCCGCAUACUAUCUGGUCGACUCGAAGGGCCAAACACAAGCGUUAUAUGCUGCGCCGACCAAUGAUGCGAAGGAUCCAUCGCCCACAGCUCGUGGCUCUCUCGGAGGGAUAGGCGGGGCGGGAAUCUUCGGCGGCGGCAACGGUGCCGGGGAGCGCAAGACACUGUUCGGGCUGCGGAGGAGCACCUUUUACGCGCUGUCAGCAGGGAUCGCCUUCCUCAUCAUCGGCCUCCUCGUGACCAUCCUCGCCGUCACGGCGCCAUGGAACAAGACCUCGGCCCUGUCCUCGGACGGCGACGACAGCGCGUCCAAGCCCUCGGCAGCGGCGGGCAUCAUCAUGCCCGAGUCGAGGCUGGCCGCCAUGAACUGGACCGACUCCACGGGCACGACGUACACGGGCGUCUUCUACCAGAGCUCCAACGCCACGGGGAGCGCCAUCAUGGCGGCCAUCCGGGCCGCGACGGCCGACGCGUGGACGUCCGUCAACGUGAGCGCGUCCGCGAACGCGGCGGGGCUGGACGUGCUCGACGGUACGCCCCUCGCGGCGGCGAGCAACAACGGCCUCUGGAACGUGUACUACCUGACGUCGGACCGCAGGGUCGCCGAGGUGUACUCGACCAGCCCCUCGUCGCCCACGGGCUGGCUGCAGGGCACGAUGGGCUCCAGCCUCGGCAACCCGGAGGCGGCGCCCGGGUCCGGGCUGGCGGCCAUGUGGCAGAGCUGCGACAACUGCACCGACAGCCUGCUGGUGCUGUACCAGGACGCCGCGACGGGCCACGUGCAGAUGGCCAACAUGACGAAGCUCGUGUGGGCAAUGGGGGAUGUCGUCAGCACCAGCGCCGCGCCCGGGACGGGGCUCGGCGUCUCGGCGUUUACCGACUUCGGCGGCAACGGGUCGACGGGCACGGAUCUCAAUGCCGUUCGGAUGUACUACGCAGACGGGGGCGACCUGAUCGAGAAGCUGAGGGGACCCCUGACGGACUUCAGGCUGGAGACGGGGAACUUUGGAAACCAAAUCACCUCAGACCUGUCCGUGAACCCGUCCCCGGAGAUCGCCUCGCUCACCUUCGGCACCAACGGGUGGACCAACAACAUCGUCCUCACCCUCGACCAGACGACCGGUGCGCUGCAGUCCUCCGUCUACCGCGGGAGCGACUGGGCCGUGCAGGCGGCCUCGCUGGACGGCAGCCCGGACGGCGUGGUCGACGACGGGUUCUCGGCCGUCGCGGUGACGCAGACGAUGAGGAUGUUCGCCAUCGGCAAGGUCGACGGGGUGAUCAACGAGUUUCAGACCAACAUAUCAAACCCGUUCCAGUGGGAGUGGCAGGGCGUCGUGGAUGUCCCGGUGGCGGAGAGUGAUGACAGGGAUUGA